GUAAAGAUUUUUUUUCACUUCCGGUUAUUUUGUUGCAUUUUUAUCGGGCAACAGGGGUGUUAUUGUUCAUUAAGUAACAUCGUUUAAAAUGGAAAACGUAAGACUUCAGGGUUUUAAGACGUUUUUAACUGAACACUUCACCGCGCUGGCCGUGGAGGUGUUCGGUGAGGUUGAAAGCAUGAUGGAGGCUUGCUACGAAGAAAACAAACGGCUGAGGAGCAUGUUGGACAUGGUGCUAGGCCCUGAAAUAAAUUUGCACAGGAUAGACGUCAGUCUGUACAAAGGAACAACCACAAUUACCAGAAGGCAACCUUUGGAGCCAAACCCAACGUCGGGCCUUGAGACAUCAGAGCCGCUGUGCAAAAGACCUAAAGAAGAGAUGAUUGAAUGCGAAAUUAACUUGGAAACAGAACAGCAGCAAUGGCCAGGGGAUGUGGAAAACUUCAACAUUGCAAUGAGCAUAAAAGAUGAUCCAGAAGAAGAAGAAGCAGGAAAAGCAACCUGCAUCACAGAGGCAUACAGAGAGGUGACUGAUCAGCACUCAGACUCUUCUGCCACCACCUCAGCUUAUGACAAUGGAAGUGAAAGGGAAGCCUGGUCCGUCCCAGAGGCAAAUGAAGCUGCACGCGCCUCACUGCAAGUCCUAAAUCAAGACAGCAUGAAUGUCAACCAGCAAACAAAUCCUGAAACUACAAGUACAGAUCCCGGUGCAGUGACCAAGAAAAAGAAGACCGGCGCUGCCACAUACAACUCCAAAUUCAACCCAAAGUGGGAGGAGGAGUGGUCGUGUAUCACAGCUGGGAGCACACCGUUCCACUUUUGGUGCACAGUGUGCAGACGGGAGCUGGAGUGCAGGCACUCAGGCAGGGCGGAUGUUGUACGGCACUUCAAAAGAGAUUACCACAUAAAGAAAUUACAGUUUUAUGAAAAACUUUUUGGAAGCUCGCUAAAACUGAAAAUGGCUGUAAUUCCAAAAACAGGAGAAGUGGACAAACUUGAAGCACAGACCAGACGAGCAGAGGUUAAAGUGGCUGUCACCUUGGUGCAACAUGACAUUCCUCUAGCCUUCUCAGAUCACCUCAGUCCUCUGUUUAAACACUGCUUUCCAGACUCAAGAAUUGCCAGCAAAUACUCUUCAGCUCGAACAAAGACCACUGCCAUUAUAAAUAAAUGUGUGGCUCCUUAUCUGAUGAAUGAGAUGGCAAGGAAUCUCACCAAACAGCCUUUCUCUCUGGCCAUUGAGGGAUCCAACAACAUAGGUGAGAGAGGGAAAGAGAAGAUGAAACCACUCACUGUUAAACUCUGGAGUCCUAAGGGAGUAGUCAAGAAUUUUCUUAACAUGGGUGUUACUGCAGGAGCGAGCACUCCUGACUCCAUCUGCAGAAAAAUUAAUGAAGCACUUCAGUCUUAUUUCAUCCCAUGGACUAAUUGCAUCGCCUUGUCAGUGAACGAUACCAAGGUCGAUUUGGCAUCUGAAAAAUUUAGGAAAAUCAUACUUUUGGACCAGAAUCCUGCUGUGUACGUCCUAGGCUGGCCCUGCCAUAUUGUGCAUGAUAAUGCACGGGCAAGUAGCCUAAUGUAUUAUCAGGAAUCAAGGUUUGAUGUAGAGGACAUGUGCGCUGACCUUGGUUUGUGGUUCAAGUCCAACACAAACCAUCCAGAUGAUUUUCGUGUGUUUUGUGACACACAGUACAUGGAGCUUUUGCAGAAUGUGAACAUUAGAUGGCUUAGAUUGGAGCUUGCAGUCAAUCAUAUAAUGCGGCUCUACAAACAUCUGAAAACCUACUUCAAAUCUACCGAUGAAACACAGGGUCGGGGUGUAAGAUUGCGUAUGAGGUUUCAGGAUCCAAUGACUGAGGUCCAUCUACUGUUUUACCAAGCACUUCUUCCAGCAUUUGUGGAGUUCAACCAGAUAUUCCAAAGGCAGGAUCCUUGUGUGCAUCUUCUCCAUGGCCAGAUAAGAAACUUUAUCAGCAUGUUAAUGUUGAAGUUCCUCAAACCGGAGACUUUUAAUGAAACUAGCCCAGAGAAGGUCGGCUAUAAAGAUGAAGAAAACCAGCUUUCUGACAGUGACCUCGAUCCAGGAUUAACAACAAAAGCUGCUCUGACGAGACUGAAUGAAACUGAAGAGACGAGACUGCCGAUUGGACGACGUUCUCUACUUUGUCCAAAGAAGUCAAAGUUCUCCCAACAGAAAACCAUGCUACAAAUACCAAGGAUAAUGCUCAACAAGUCUUUUAGUGUUUCCCGAGUUGACCAACAGUUCUUUUUAGAAAGGCUUUCUGACGCGUUUAGAGAUUUUCCUGAGGACCAGAAGCCGCUGAUAACCAAAAUUAACUUUAAGCUGGAUGAGGAAUGGACGGAGUGUGCUCUUGGCCAAGUCCCUAAAGGUUCCCCGCUUUCCUACCAAUUCCCCCUGCCAUCCAGUCAGGAUUUCAAGCCCAAUGAUGAUGCCCCCUCUCAGCCGUUGCUUCCCUUGACCUGUCACGCACUGGAACCGGUAUCAGUCUUUCCUACACUCAGUGCCAAUGAGCAGGCAUUCGUUAACGCAAUGAAUGUUACCUGGAAAGAAGCACACGACCUGGAGCAAAGCACACGAGGAAGUAAGGAGGCUGCAGAUAAGCUACUAAAGAUGCGCCUCACCAGCCGAUUUAGAGACAUCUGCAACCUUAAGCCAGGAAGAAGCCACGCAGAUCAUCUUCUGUACAAGAUUCAGAAUGGAGACUCCAGGUGCAAGACGGCACAGAUUGAUAAGGAAAUGAAGCCAGAAGCUCUUCGGGAAUACUGUCGGAAUUUGUGCAUCAACUGGUCGCCUUGUGGUUUGGUUGUUCACCCAAGUGCUCCAUGGCUAGGAGCAAUUCCCGACGGGUUGGUAUACGACCCAAAAGAGAUUAAUAGCUUUGGGCUGGUGCACACCAAAUUUGUCAUGUUUAAAAGUUUCAUAGAGUGUCAGUUUCUGACUUUUAGGAACGGAGUCUUGCAGCUAAAGAAGGCUCACCGGCAUUACUGGCACAUGCAAGGAGAGAUGAUGGUGACGGGCACGUCGUGGUGUGAUCUAGUGGUGUGUUCCAAUGAAGACAUACUGGUCCAGCGGAUCUACCGCGAUGAGGACAUCAUCAAAUUCAUGAAGAGGAAGCUGGAAGAAUUCUUCUUCUAUUACUAUCUGCCUAAUCUGAUUUAACUGAGGUCACAGUUUGAUGAUCAGGGCUUCUGUGUGAUAGAGGUUUUUCACUACAGCUUAAAAAUAUUCCAUUAAUCAAGAUCAUAUUAGUGGUUAUUCAAUCUGAAACCAAAUAUUCACAGUAACACAUUAGUUGUAGUUUGGUCAAGGCACAAACAUGGAGGAGGAGGAAGAGCCCAGUUUUGUAAGCAGAGAUUUCUGUGUAGUUUGUAGAGCAGUUCAGGUUCUGACGACAGCAGAUGAGACCAGCAUUGGUUCCUUGGAUUUAUUGGGGCACUGAAGCACUGCUCUGCAUGGAUAUUUGUAGAAGCUGUGGAGAAAAAUAAUAAUACAAUACAUAGUUCACUGCAGGUUUUUGAUUAUGUUUUACCAUGUGGCAGAUUACUUUUAUGUUCUACGUUAAAACCUGUGAUGUUUAAGGUAUUGGUCUUUUCUGAAUAAGGUUAAAGCUGUUGGCUUCUCAGAUCUCUGAUGCAUUCUUUUGCAUUUGUCUUUUUUUUUUCUUGCUAAAAUUCAGCAAAAAGACUUAUUUUCCUUAAUGAUUAAAAAUAAUUUUACAUUGAUUCUCUCAAGCAUUUUUAAGCUUUCAGCUUGUUUAAAAUUAAAGUAUAUAAAAUUUUUUAACUAUUCGUCAUUGGUUAAAUUGCACAAGACAGAUUGUAUCAAAUGUCCUUUGCAGCUGGUGAAAGUGAAUUAAAUAUUGUCCUGGUAUGAAUCAGUGGAUAUGAAACACGAUGGAAAAUGGGGAUCCAUUCAUUAGUCUGCACACUGAUCUAUGCAUCCUUACAGUGUUGUUAUUUUUUCAUGUUUUAUAUUUUUACCCUGACUGUAACAGAUUUAUAGUAAACCUUUGUAGUUCUAUGUUAAAAAGUGGCAAAUGGACUGAGAAGCUAGUUAAUGUUUGAAGAAUGGUCAUGAAAUCACAGUAGAAACCUGUUUAGGUAAAACUUUUAGAUCACAGAUGUAACGAACACCUUACUUUUUAAGGUGUGUCCAGCAUUUCCAUUUGUUUUAUUCAUGUCACUUGGCAAAUUAAACAUUUUCAGUUCCUCA